GAAAAGAGAGGCAAAGCAAGCAAGGGAGAGAGAGAGAGAUAGAGAGUUUUUUUUUUUGGAUAUAGGUAUAUUUUUUGGGUUGGGUUCGGAGACGGAGCGCCUGCGCGAAUGAGGAAUCAUGGCUGAUGGCUACCCCGUCGAGAGGUCGGCAUCUUUUAUCCCAUUCCCAUUGUUGGCAAAUGAAGGGAGAAGAAGCGCCCAGCAAAAGGCGCGCACCGUCGCGGCCACCACCAAGAAGACGCCCAACUCCCGCAUCUCGAAGUACCCCAGCCUGCCGUCGCAGCUGCUGUGCCAAGUCCAAACAUCACCAUGCAUGCCGACAAGGACGCCGAUGAGGAAACCGACGUGUUCCCGAUCCCGUGUCUCGGCAGCUAUGCCAAGAGCAAAGCAUCCAGCUGAGUACUUCUGCAAGAAAUUGACCUCGAGCGAUACGAGCACUCACGGCGGGUUCUCGGUGCCGCGAAGAGCUGCAGAGAAGCUGUUCCCACAUUUUCUUCUGCCCACUUGGUUGUUCUCCGUGAAUGCUUCAGCUCAUACAUAGGUUUUGUCUUUGGACUUGUAGGAUUACUCGAUGCAACCUCCGAAUCAGGAGCAUAUCGUCCGAGAUUUGCAUGAUAACAUGUGGACGUUUCGUCACAUUUAUCGUGGUAGGGUCGAAUACUGUUUGACUUGCUUUUAGCUUGUACAUUCGUUCAAGGGUACAUAAUUUAGGUGUCCUGGGUCCCUGUCUUCUAGAA